GUUGGUACUUUCUGGUCUGUUCAUUGAUGGCCUAGGGUCGAGUAUUAAGGUUUGGGGUAUUUUUAGUACUGUUUUUGGGGGGUCUUAAGUGAUCUUGUUUGGAGAGAAACAUUGGCUUGGGGGGUGGCCCUGCCUUCUGGAGCAGUGAGGAGGAGCAAGGCUACUCCAGGCUAGCCUCCAUUCAUUCCUCUGCGGAAAACAGGGAAAUUCAUGGACUGGGGUGCCAACGUUGGUUCAGUCCUCCUUCUCUACUCGACUGUGGGCUGAGAAACCUCAGAAGACUUCCUGCCAGAAGAGCUCAGAGGAGAAGGCUGUCUGGCCAAGAAGAAAGUCUUCAUUCAAUGUGUCUGACUGCAUCCUUCUGCACAUCUCAGUUUCGGUGCUGCACUGAAAAGGAUCAGCUCCAGCAAUGGCUCAAGGUGACUUCAUGAUCUUUGCCAAAGAGGACAUUUUCUACUUCCUGGAAAACACCUCCGAUGGCUUUGACUACAGCAGUGGCAGCGAUGCCUGCUGUGCCACCCCUCCCUGCGACAUCAGUCCCACCCAGGCCUUUGCCGGCAGCGUCCUGCCAACCUUCUACAGCCUGAUUUGCCUCCUGGGCUUGUGGGGAAAUGGGAUGGUGAUCCUGGUCUUGCUUCGCGCCAGGGAGGCCCUCACCGGGACGGAGGUGUUCAUUUUCAACCUGGCCAUCUCGGACAUCCUCUUGGUGGUGACCCUCCCUUUCUGGGCCGUUCAGGAAGCACACGGCUGGAUCUUCGGGAACUUCCUCUGCCAGCUGGUGGGGGGCAUUUUCAAAAUCAACUUCUAUGCCAGCAUCUUCUUCUUGGUCUGCAUCAGUCUGGACCGGUACCUCUCCAUCGUUUAUGUCAUACGCAUGUACAGACGGAGCAAGACCUACAUGAUCCACCUCACCGCUGUGGUGGUUUGGACCACCUGCAUCCUUCUCACCUUGCCGGACUUCAUCUACUUGAUGGCCGAGUUUGAUUCUCGCCAAAACAUCACCUCCUGCUCCCUCAGCUUCCCUCCUGGAUCAGCCAAGCGCUGGAAGAUCGCCUUAAGUGUCUUCAACCAGGUGGUGGCUUUCUUUCUUCCCUUGGUAGCCAUGGCAUACUGCUAUGCCCACAUCAUCUUCACCCUUCUGCUCUCCAGAGGCUUCCAGAAACACAAGACACUGCGGGUCAUCUUGGCCGUGGUGGCCGCCUUCUUCUUCUGCUGGUCACCUUACCACCUUGUCCAGUGCAUCAACACCCUGAUCGAUUUGGAAGUCCUUGAACAGGACUGUGUUUGGGAGGAGAAGCUGGACAUGGCCAAUGUUGUCACCACGAGCCUGGGCUUCUUCCAUUGCUGUCUCAACCCACUGCUCUACGCUUUCGUCGGCAUCAAAUUUCGGAACAGGUACCUCGCCCUCCUCGAAAAGUUGGGCUGUGUGAGCCACAGGUUUGUGACCAGACAUGCCAAGGGGUCGGACCACUGGAAGGACUCGACGAGGUCCGAAAGCACAGAUGUGACUUACUCCGGAGGACUCUAGGAACCUGCCGGAUGUUUCAUGAAAAACCGCCUUCAAUGCAGAAUCUUCAUGAAAAGUCAUCUUCCGCUCUGGGUUUUUCUCUGAACUUUAAAGGACCAGAUCCAAGGUGCCAAGCCUUAGGUAUAAGAUAGGUUGGGCAUCUUUGGUGACUCCUGGGAAGUUCAGACACAAACACAGAGUGUCUUAACCUUCCCGGCUAUCCAGGCACUACUGAUGUGGCUUUAAAGAUUUGGUGCAGUGGAUAGAUUUUUGCAAUUGGUUGAUGUAGGCCAGAAAUAAAAAAUAUAGUCCCACCCCUGUAUCCAUAAGAUUGGUAAGCACAGUUUCACUUGCCCAUGUCCAGGGACAAAAGGCCUCUCUGGGCAUCUGGAGGUCCUCCAGCGCAAGACUCUGGCCAACUUCCAACAGAAAUGUAGUGUUUGCCAUUAUCUGUGGUUUUCACUAUUCGCAUUAAGUUUGGGAACAUAUUCUCCAUGGAUAUGGGGCUUGGACUGCACAGACAACAGGAAGAUCCAUUCAGUGAUCCCCAAACUUUGGUCCUUCAGGUUUUUGGACUUCAAAUCCCAGAUGUUGCAGCCAGCUUGGCUAACAGUCAGGAAUUCUGGGAACUGAAGUCCAAAACAGUUUGGGAACCACUUCUAUCUAAUGGAGAAAUGGUCUUUGCACCGCCUUGUGGACAGUGCAGAAAUUACAGAGAGCAAAGAUGUCUCCAAAGACCGCAGAAGAACACUGUCUGGAAUUGUGCAACUGAGAUAUUUGGCAGUACACACAUGUGUGUCCAGCUUUGGAUGGAGCGGGAAGGACUGUUUGUUAGGCUCUUUUGUGUAGUCCAAAAAGGACCCUCUCCUGUCCCAACAGCUGUUGAACCAAGGCAACCCUCCAACAUUUCACAGAUGGAAAUUGGGACAUGUCUGGCCACGCAUGUCCCAUCCGAGUGCAGCCAAGAGAACAAAAGUUAUGAAUGAGGAAUAAUACACAAAUGAAGAAAGAUUGCAGCAAUUUAGCUUUGCCUUUUCCUCCUGGGAAGGACAGUAUUCUUCCUUCUGCUGAAAGGGCCUUUGUGGUGGCUGCUCCCAUCCUCUGGAACUCCCUUCCAUGUUCCACCGGUUCCCAAAUUUGGUUGUCCAGCUGUUUUGGACUUCAACUCCCAGAAGUCCCAACCAACUUGGUCAAC